AAUAUUCCCUUUUUAUAUGUUGUUUUUAAUUAACUAACUAACACCUCUGUUCCAAACAACCAUACCACAUCAUCAUAAACCAUACCCACCUCUCUCUCUCUUUUCUCUUCAAAUUCAACCAUUCUUCUUCUUUUGGGAAAGGAAGAAGAGGUGAAUGGUGGGGUUAGACAAAAAAGGGCAAUCACACACACAAAACAAACCACAAGAAAAAAAAACUUUGUGAAGAAAACAUAACAAUGAGAUAAAUGAUGAUGAAUGCAUAAACUAGAAGCAGGACAAGUACAACAACAACAACAUUACUCAUUUUAUUGCUAAUUUGAUGCAAUGGCUUACCCACAUUACCGAUCACAGUUCGGAGACACAACGUUCACUAAGGUUUUUGUUGGAGGACUAGCUUGGGAAACACCAACUGAAGAAAUGAGGAGUUAUUUUGAACAAUUUGGUGACAUUCUUGAAGCUGUCAUUAUCACUGAUAAGAACACGGCAAAAUCUAAAGGAUACGGAUUUGUAACGUUUCGUGAUCCAGAAUCAGCUAGAAGGGCUUGUGCUGAUCCAAACCCAGUAAUAGAUGGAAGAAGAGCAAAUUGUAACAUUGCUUCUCUAGGACGUCCAAGACCAUCACCACCAAGAGGGAGGGGAACAUAUCAAAGUGGAGUGGGGACUGGAGCACCGGGAGCGGCCGCAGCAUACGGCGGUGUUCCAGUGGGAGGGCCACCACAAAUGGCAGCAGCAACGGGAGGUCCAGUAAUGUACCAACCAUAUGGCUACCCUACCUACACUCCUGAAUAUGGGUACCAUCAAGCUACAAUCUAUAACCCACAGAUUCAACAAGCACAAUAUUUUCAACAAUUAUAUGGACCAUCAUCUUCAACUAUGGGAUCACCAUAUUACUAUGGCUAUUCUGUGCAAGCAGCAGCACCAAGGGGUACAUUUUCUACACCCCGCAUACAAGCUGCACCGUCCUAUCUAUACUACCCUACAACACCAAUGGAAGGUUCUUUCUCUGCUGCAUAUCGUCCAUUUCAACAACCACUUAUAAGGCACCCCUCUCCUUCCCCUUCUCCUACUGAUUCACAGACUCAGCAACGAACCUCAGCAGAGACAACAGCUGGAGUAAUAACUUCAGAAAGUUCAAAUACCCAAGGGAAGAACAACUAAUAAAUAUAUAUACCCCUUUAGUUUCAACUGUAUAAUAAUCUUCAAAUUAAAUUUCAUCACAUUAAUUCUUCAUCUUUCUCCACACUAUAUCUUCAAUUUUUUUGGGUCCACAUGCCUUAGUUUCAAGCAAUAGUACGGUGAUCUCUUCAUGACUUGUGUUCUUCACGGCUAUAACAUUCAAGAGUUGGACCAAUUAAUCAACUACAUGGAGAUUAUCUUCAUUCUCUU